AAUUGAAGGUCAAGUAAGAGUGAAAUAUUAUUAUUUAAAUCACCAAGCUAAUCAACAAACUCAUCUUAUAACGUGCUGUCUGGGCGGGUUCCUCCUUUCCCCCCCCCCCCCAUCUACAGAAACGCCACUGCGUCUAGUCUACUUUGGCAUGUCUUACGUCUAGUCUAUAUUGGCAUGAUUAAAUCUUCCUGAAAAGUAAAAAAGUGGAAUAUGCAAAUUUUAUCUUGACUAUUCUGUAAUAUCAAUUUUGAUUUCGACAAUGGCUUUUAAUUCAAACAUUGUGAACCUUUUUUGGUUCAAAGUUUUCAGCAAAUUUUAAAUAGUUUUUUGAGUAAUUGUCCCUGCUUUUGAAAUGUAAAAAAAGCCAUUUCACUGUAUCAUAAAUAUCAAUUUUUCGUAAUUUGAAACACUUUUUAGAUCCUCACAACUUUUGGAAACCCACACUUUCCCACUCGCUGACUAAUACAGUCUAACUCCAAUAACAGCAAUUUAAAGUUUCAGAACCCCCUCUCUCUGGCUACGCCCCUAAUCAGACAGAUAACCAUGUUUCACUAAAUUAUUGAAUUGUCCAAUCAUCUAUCCCAGUGGUUCUCAACCUUUUUUCUUUCGUGGCCCAUUUGCGUUGCACAAAAAUUUUGUGGCCCACUAAGUUUUUCGUGCUGGGGGGGGGGGGGAACUCCACGGAAAACAUAGAAUUCUUCCUGCAAAAGUAGACACUUAACACUUUCACUUUAAUAAUAAUUAGGUGAAAAUUACCACCCUGUAACAAAAACAUGAUCAUCCAUUUCUAUUACCAUCAAAUUUAACUAACCUUAUCAGCAGCCAGCAAUUUUUAAUCGGUCUUUGGCCCACUGAAAAUGUUCCUGUGGCCCAGCAGUGGGCCAUGGCCCACCGGUUGAUCUAUUCUCUCCCAUAGGCUUAUUGGUCCAAAUUACUAAUGCUCUCAUACCCAUAUAGGAGCUACUGUUGUAUGCCACUUGCUUAACAUGUUCUCGCCACAUAAUAAAAUUCUCAUAGAAUUCAGUUCCUAACCGUGAUUAAAAUCCCGAGAUCACCCAACUGCGAGACAGUAUACCAAAGUGUAGCCAGCUCCAAAUUUUAAGGGGUGGGGGGGAAAUUUUUUUGUAUAAUGACCUAAAAAGAUGCCCACACGUGCCUUUUGCACCGAACAAAGCCAGAUAAAGUAGCCCCUGAUAUAUCUGCAUUUAAAAAAAAAUUGGGGGGGGAGGGGGAUGUCCCCUUAUGCCCCCCCUAUUACUAUAGUAGCACCCCUCAUAGUAAUAAUAUAUCAUGCCGCUUAGAUUUCUUAUUUUUGUGUCUUGUGUAUUUUCAAUAUAUUCCUGUAUUAUGUAGUAUUAGUAUUAUAGAACAAGAAGAAAUAUGUGGUUUUAUUUCUAUCCUCACAUGCUUUUUCACAUGACGAGAUGGUUCCCGAAGAAUAACAGAGUAAAAUUUCGGAUACUUGCACUCAUUAUUUCUUUGUCUUUGUUGAUUCCCGAGUUGUAUAUUCUGUUGCUGCCAAGGUCGGAACGAGCGUGCGAACAACCCUUGCUUUCUAUAUUAGUGGCCAGCACUAUUUUCCUGUUCUUCACUGUCGGCUUUGGGACUCUCUUCACUUUGUUUGAGCCGAUACCGAGAAUAGUGAAUUUGGCGUUUCACAUAUUCGGAAUCCUUUCCUUCAUUCUUGGGCUUGUAACAACAGUUUAUACGUUUCAAGCUACUGCAUGUUCUGAAACAACUACAGAACUGUACUAUUGGUGUUAUGUCAGCACAAUAUUAACUCUCAUAUGCACAGGUUACUUCGUACUUGUUGCACCGUUCUGGAUAAUUGAAGCUUGGAAACCUUACUCUGUCCUUCAUGAGAAAGCAAGACAAGGCAUCUGCUAUGAACCUACAUUGUGCUGCUCUUGUUUAUGGCAUGUAGUGUGAGGAUAAGGGGGGACUGAGGGGCUUUUGGGACCCAAAGAGUGGGUGUGACAAUAAGACUAUGUUUUCUCUUAAUUUCUAAAAGUGUUCCAUCGCAUAAUUGAUUAAUUUUUUUAACAUGAUUUUGUACCUAUCCACUGUAAAAAUGGUCUAAGCAGUUCCCUUUUGUAUCGAACUUCUUCAUGGGAAAACCAAAUAAGGAAUUAUGGUCAUGGGGACUUUGGGAAUCACGAGAGCAUGCGUAAUAUUUAGUCUAGGGCUUUUGAUUUUUUGAUAAUAUAAAAGUCUAUAAUUUGUAAUUGAAUUUACAGUUUCUAUUCACUGUAAAAAAUAACGAUAGAUAAUGGAUGAAAUUGAUAUUUUAUGAGCAGUUUUACAGAAUAUGUUUUGGAAAUUACUAGGAUUUCGCUAUGAUAAAAAAAACUCAAGUUAUUCAGAAUUAUUUACGGUAAUCAAAUUUUUUGUCAAUUUAGGGUUAUCUCCACAAACCUACCUUUUAAAAAACUAAUUCAAUCCAUUUUCUUAUUAUUAAGUAACCCCUAAGGUUCCAUUACAUUUGAACCCACGACAAUUUCACCUGUAUACUAUUGCAUAUUUUUAAACGCAGUAUUUUUCUAUAAUUUUUUUUAUUUUUAUCAAUAUACCGAAGUCUCAAUGCUAAACAGAUGGUACUAUCUUGUUAUUGCACCACAACUAAUAUUCUGGUCCGCUCCAUCUCCCACCCUGUUUUAGAUAUGUUAAGAAGAAGUUAUUGCCCACCUUUCUUUGCUCAGGUCACAGUGGUUCUCAACCUUUUUUCUUCCAUGACCCACUUUC